UGCAUUGUGGAGCCGCCGGAGCGCAGCAGGGGGUUGGAGCCCGCAGCAGCCGGGACUGGGACCAUGCGCCCCCAGAGCCGGGGCAGCCAGGGGCCCAGCGAGACGGUUGUCUGCGCCACCCGCGCCACGGUGAUGCUGUACGACGAUGCCAACAAGAAGUGGGUGACGGCGGGGAGUGGCCCCCAGGCUGUCAGCUGGGUGCAGAUCUACCACAGCCCGGGCAGCAACACCUUCCGCGUGGUGGGCCGCAAGAUGCAGGCAGACCAGCAGGUGGUCAUUAACUGUGCGAUCGUGAAGGGGAUGAAAUACAACCAGGCCACGCCCAACUUCCACCAGUGGCGCGACGCCCGCCAGGUCUGGGGGCUCAACUUCGGCAGCAAGGAGGACGCCAGCCAGUUCGCCAGCGGGAUGCUGCUGGCCCUGGACCGGCUGGAGGCGGGCCUGGCUCCAUCUGGGCCUCCCCAGAACGGCCCCUCCCCAGAUGAAAUGGAGCAGCAGAAAAGGCAUCAGCUGGAGCAGGAACAGGAGCGCCGGGUGGUCAAUGCAGGAGCUCCAGCGACCCCUUCGGGGGGAGGCCCCCCACCGCCCCCAGGGCCUCCGCCCCCUCCAGGGCCGCCUCCGCCGCCUGGCCUGCCUGCCGCUGCUGGGGGGCCACCCCCUGCGACUGGGGGACCACCUCCCGCCCCUCCUCUGCCUGCUGCGCAGGGCCCUGGGGCGGGAGGCGGGGGGGCCACCGGCCUGGCAGCUGCCAUCGCAAGCGCCAAACUCAGGAAAAUCGCCAAGCAGGAGGAUGGGGCCGGGCCGGCGGGGGGCAGCUCCAGCCCCGGGACAGCCCCAAAGACCGAGGCCAGCCGUGGCGGGGGGGGCGGGGGCCUGAUGGAGGAGAUGAGCGCCAUGCUGGCCAGACGGCGGAAAGCCACGCUGCCGGGCGAGAAGCCUGGGCCAAAGAAAGAUGACGACGUUUCCAGCCAGCAAGACGCCGCCGACCCCUCAGGUACUAGGACCCCGAGCCUGGCGAGCGACUCGGUGCGGAGGCCCUGGGAGAAGAACAGCUCCACCCUGCCCAGGAUGAAAUCAGCUGCCCCCAGCAGCACGGAGCCCCCAGCCAGCACAGAGGAGUCUGACCUGGAGCGGAUCAAACAGGAGCUGCUGGAGGAGGUGCGCCGGGAGCUGCAGAAACUGAAGGAGGAGAUCAUCGAGGCGUUCGUGCUGGAACUGCGGAAGCGGGGCUCGCCCUAGCCCCCCCUCAUCCCGCCUGGCCGGGGGUCCCAGGGCUGCCCAGGCUCCUGUGCCACCCCCGGGGUUUAUCGUCUUUGACACGCACCCCUCCCCCUCACACUUGAAGCCCCUCCCCCAUGCAUCCCCUCCUCCGGCUGGUGGUUACCAGGGCACCAGCCCCACUGUGCAAUUCCAGGGGGUGGCCCAAAUUCCUGGAGACCCCCCCCCAAGGGCUGCCCCGGGAGCUCCCAGGCUGUGCCUUACCCCUGGGGCGGGAGCAGAGCAAUAGCGCCCCCUACAGGCUGCUGCCUACCAAAGGGCCCCUCCCCCCAGAGAGCAGGACUGGGGGGUCUCCGGGCAGAGACAGUGUCAUUCCUGCCCCCCAGGAGCAGCCGCAGAGCUGCCUCCCCUGGGGGCCCGGCAUGACGGAGAGAUUCCCUGCACCAGCCCUGCCCUGCCCUGAAUUGGAGGGCCAGGGCCGCCCAGGGAUCCCCCAGCUGUACACCCCCCCCGGGGAUCCCCCCCAGUCCCGCCCUGUGUCCACUCACUGCUUCCCGGACCCCGGCUCUGCUGGGUUCAGCUUGUUUUAUAGUUUUUUACACCGGGGGGGGGGGGGUUAAUCUUGUACUUCGGGGGUGGGGGCCCCCAGCUGGGCAGUGACCACUGUCCUGGGGGGGGUGGAUCCUUUACCCCCCCUGGCGGGGGAGGGGCAGGCUCUCAGCUCUUUUCUAUGCGGCUGUUAAUGUUCACUUUAUUUUUUUGGGUUGUUGGUUUUUUACUGAUUUCUGGGGCAUUUGUGCCCGGUACCAGGGUGAGACUCUUUUCCCCUCCCCUCCUCUCCCCGUGCUGCCUGGCACCAGGCCCCCGCCUGGCACUGGGCAUGGACCCUUGGUACCCAGUUCUGGAAUAAACCUUUUCUUUUUGUAAGUUA